GCAUCGGCUCUCGCUGAGCUGCCCCGGUUCGGGAACCCGGCGGCGGCGGCGGCGGCGUCCGUGAGGGGAAGCCCAGUGGCCAGGCAAGACACCUGCUCUGAGCUUCAGUUUCCUCAUCUGAAAUGUGAGGGACUGUCAGGCACUUCUCUGCGACGGCUGCUGAUGGCUCACCAGGCUCUGUGGCGCUUAUGGCCUCGUUCUUAAGUUUUACAGAGUUAAUAGAGUGGAGACAACCUUGCUGAAGAUGAAGAAUAUACAAUAUUAGAGGAAAUUUUUUUCUUCUUUCUUUCCUUUUUCUUGUCUUCAGUUCCCACUUUUCAAUCAAGUCUGCUUCAUCAGAAAUGUUUUUUACAAUCUCAAGGAAAAAUAUGUCCCAGAAAUUAAGUUUACUGUUGCUUAUAUUUGGACUCAUUUGGGGCUUGAUGUUACUGCACUAUACUUUUCAACAGCCCAGACAUCAGAGCAGUGUCAAGUUACGUGAACAAAUACUAGACUUGAGCAAAAGAUAUGUUAAAGCUCUGGCAGAAGAAAAUAAGAACGUGGUGGAUGUCGAGAAUGGUGCUUCCAUGGCAGGAUAUGCGGAUCUGAAAAGAACAAUUACUGUCCUGCUGGAUGACAUUCUGCAACGCUUGGUGAAACUGGAGAACAAAUUUGACUAUAUUGUUGUGAACGGCUCAGCAACCAACACGACGAAAGCUGCUGGUGGGAAUUUAAUUCCAGUCACCAGCAAUAAAAGGGUCAAUGCAAAGGGCAGCGUGAGAUAGCACUUGAAGAUCCCGUGGGCUGCUCCAUCCACUGUGGGCUGUAUCCUGUCACAGAAGCUUUGUAACCGCUUGUUAGCACAGAGUAAGACUUGACAAUUAAAAGCUCUACGCGUUUCUAAGGAACAUGCUGGAUUCAUGGAACUCUAAUUCUGUAUAUAAAGUUUUCAGUGUUGUUAGUUUGCUCUCAGGCAAGUCUCUUCAAUGCUGUAUUAUAUCCUUAGAAGGAAUUUGACAACAUGGUUGAUGUAGGAAGC